AUGAGAAUCACGGGAAACCCGGCUAUAAUUGCCGACCCAACCCAGCCACCAGGCACCACCCUCGUCUGUGUAGCAAUUUACCCCACUUUGGUCACCGGAGAGCCUGCGAUCUGGGCUCUUUACUUUCGCGACGCAGCCAUUUCCAGAAUCCUCCGACUGUCCGCCAGCUCUCAGGGCCAAGUGAACAUCGUACAUAGCGGUGUUGGCCCGGCCAGUGAGCUAGUUAUCUGUGGCAUGAUGCCGAACCAGGAUUUCCUACUCGCAUGGCAAAUCGUGCACAAUCGCCCCUCGGGGCCCUUCAGCAAUGAGAACACCCAUCUUUGGGUUAUGAAUUGCCUUCAACAGAUGAGCACUCGAUGCAACCUAGAAAUUCCUCCUACGGUCAUGAAAAGCCUUCGGGAGAAACAACAGGAGCGACCUACUGGCUACAUCCGUACCUUCGAAUUCAUUGCCUGA